CUGAACCAGGUUGUCUUCCCCAGACAAACAGGCCACAAGAAGAAGCUCAACACCUUUAUCAGUUUUCCAGAGCAGCUGGACAUGGGGCCUUUCUUGGAAGGAAAACAAGACCAGAAGUGUGUUUAUGAACUGAGUGCGGUGCUGAUCCAUCGGGGCAUCAGUGCCUAUUCAGGCCACUACAUCGCACAUGUGAAGGAUGCUCGUACAGGCGACUGGUACAAGUUCAAUGAUGAGGAGAUUGAGAAGAUGGAAGGCAAGAAGCUGCAGCUUGGCACUGAGGAGGACAUAGCUGAGACAGUGAAGUCCCAGACACGAAAGCCAAAGUGCAGUAAAGGCUUCCACUGCUCCCGAAAUGCCUACAUGCUGGUGUAUAAGGUCCAGGAAGAGGAGAAUACUGAUCCCUCCUGGACCAACGUCGAGGUUCCAGCCUUCCUUCAGAGGCUGGUGGACCAAGACAACCACAAAUUUGAGGAAUGGUGCAAUGAGAUGGCCGACAUGAGAAAACAGAGCGUGGAUAAGGGCAAAGCCAAGCAUGAGGAGGUGAAGGAGCUCUACGAGCUUUUACCCGCAACAGACGGCGAGCCGUAUGAGUUUAUCCCGCUGGACUGGUUGAAGAAGUGGCUAGAGGACUCCACUGCUACAAAAGAGAUCGACAACUCUCUCUUCCUUUGUUCUCACGGCAAACUGCACCCAGACAAGGUGGCCGAUUCCAAGAGGGUUUCCCUUCAAGCUGCUCAGCUCCUCUACGAGCGCUACAGUGGAGGGCCGAGGAUGGACGGCUCUUCUCUGUGUAGAGAUUGCGUUGGCCAGCGAUGUAGAGUGCUGCGACUGAAGAACCAGCUCAAUGAAGACUACAAGGAAGUGACCAACCUGGUCAAACGCACGCUCAGUGGUGAGGGUUGCUGGGUGGGCAAAGCAUCUCUGCGUAGCUGGAGGCAGCUGGCUCUAGAACAGCUGGAGGAGGACGAACACGAAACCAAACACAGCAAUGGCCAGACCAAUGGACAGGGACCACACAACAACAGCAAAGAGUUCGGCUCAGAGCUCUCAGAGGGCAACGGGGACGAGAUGAAGACCUUCAAUGAAGACAUUGUCUGCUGUCACGGGGCUCUGAGUAUUUUGGAGACCGAACGAAAGCUGGUAUCUUCUGAAGUUUGGACCAAGCUGAGAGAAUACUUCCCCAAAGCCCCAGAAUUCACCCAAAACCAGGACUCCUGUCAGCAGUGCCUGACAUUAGAGCAGGAAGAAAAGGACAAUGAGGCGGUGAGUAAGAUGAUGGCCCUGGACCAGAAGAACCAACUGCUCAACCUCUUCAAUGAGAAGAACCGGCCGAUACUCAACAAGUGGCCUCAGGACACAGACGUACUUUACAUAGUCCCUCUGUUUUUUGUGGAUGAGUGGAGAAAAUUCAUCAGGAGGCCCACUAAAUCCUCUCCAGUGUCUAAUGUUGGCAACACAUUGCUGCUGUGUCCCCACGGAGGCUUCAUGUUCACCUAUGACUCGCUCAUCAACGGAGAUGGACAACAUGUAGCUCUGCUCUGGCCCAGCGAAUGGGAAGUGAUCAGCAGGCUCUUCAUUGUGGACCAGCCAAUCUCCAUCCACUGCUUCAAAGAGACCAUACUGACUGGUCCCACCACGCAGUACACUACUCAGCCUGAUAUCUGUUGGGAGUGCAGAGAGAGCUUCCUCUUCCAGCAGCAGAGGGACCUCAGAGAGUACACCCAAGCCACCAUCUACAUCCGCAAAGUCAUCGAAGACCAGAGGAUGAUAAAGGAGGCUGCUCCGGAGCUGAAUGCCAGCAGCUCUGAGGCAGAGGAGGAGAAGGAAGAAAUUCCAAAGGUAGAUGGAGAGAGAGACCCAGACUUCAGUCAGUCACAAGAUGGUGCGAAGCGGCUCAAGUUGAGUGACGACAGUACAGCAGCAGCUGCAGCUCCUGUGACCAACAUGACCAAACUAGGCGGAAUCAGGAGAAGCACCCGGCACAGGAAACUCAGAGGGGAGAAAGCCCUCAUCGUUUCAGCUAAUCAGACACUCAAAGAGCUAAAAAUACAGAUUAUGCACGCCUUCUCCGUGGCUCCGUUUGACCAGAACCUCUCCAUUGAUGGAAAGAGUCUGACAGACGAUUCGGCCACACUGGGGAGUCUGGGCGUCAUCCCUGAAAGCAUCAUCUGUCUAAAGGCCGAUGAGCCAAUAGCAGACUACGCUGCAAUGGACGAUGUCUAUCAAGUGAGAAUGCCUGAAGAGGGAUUUAAAGGCACUGGGCUUCUGGGGCACUGAGGAAAGCUUGAAUUGGACAGCUGACAGAUGACAUUUUAAAACAAAAAGGCUUGAAUUUGUCAAGUGUGCAUAUAUAAAUAAGUGCUUUAAUUUUUUUUUUUUACGUUUUGAGUAGGCUUUCUUUAAUAAAACUGUGACUGUUGCAAAGCCACUGUUUUUCUCUACAUAACAUUAGCUGGCCUUUGAUAUUUAAGACUCCUAAUCAUUCUGAAGGACUGUGUGGUAGUGAAUCUGAUCUUCAGUCUACUGUUACUCAAGGAAAUGGGCUUUGUUUUUGACUCUUAAAUUAUGGCAGAAGACAAAUUGAUGAUGUUUUUUCUUUCCAUUCUGUGGAAGCUUUUGAAGCUGUGUUCUCACUGCAGAGUUUUCGGGUUUGUCAAAAGAAUGCACGAGUAACUGUCAACUAUUACAAAUAUAACUGCUCUUAAAUGUUAGAACAUUUAUUACCUCUACAGCAAAUCUAUAUCCAUAUACUCCAUGUGGCGUUUAGAUACAUAGCUACACAGUAUGUAUAGAGGCUGAUUCCUGCAGACGUUUCAGCAGUGCAAACCUCGAGAGAUGGAAGUGAGAAACAGAAUGCAAGCAGUGAUAUGUCCUGUUCUUUUCACUGUUAUUUCUUAUGGACAAUAAAGUUAUUUUCAAAACA